GGGUUCUCCACUUCAAAGCAGUGGGCACCGAGGAAUUAGGGCUGAUGGACCUAAGUCUCCAUCUUUUGGAUCUGGGAUUGGUUCAAUGAAGAAGGAAAACUGCACAGUGGUGAGUGAGUUUGUUUUCCAGGGUUUCUCAAGCUUCCACGAACACCAGCUUACCCUCUUUGUGGUGUUUCUUAGUUUGUACCUCUUAACCUUGGCUGGGAAUGUCAUCAUUGUGACAAUUAUCAGCAUCGAUCGUCACCUUCACACACCUAUGUACUUCUUUCUCAGUAUGCUUUCCACUUCAGAGACGGUGUACACACUGGUCAUUGUUCCACGGAUGCUCUCCAGCCUCAGAGGUCUGAGCCAGCCCAUCUCCUUGGCUGGCUGUGCCACCCAGAUGUUCUUUUUUAUCACUUUGGCCAUCAACAACUGCUUUCUGCUCACAGCCAUGGGGUAUGACCGCUAUGUAGCCAUCUGCAAUCCCUUGAGGUACACGGUCAUCAUGAACAAGAGGGUAUGUGCCCAGCUGGUAUGGGGAGCCUGCAGCAUUGGGCUGCUUGUGGCUGUCAUUCAGAUUUCAUCUGUGUUCAGGCUGCCUUUUUGUGAUAGAGAGGUGGCCCAUUAUUUCUGUGAUAUCCGCCCAGUUAUGAAACUCUCCUGUGCGGACACCACCCUACAUGACAUACUUAAUUUUAUCAUCAGUUCACUGGUUAUUGUGGUGCCCAUGGGCUUGGUCUUCAUCUCUUACAUUCUCAUCAUUUCUACCAUCCUCAAGAUUGCCUCUGCCGAAGGACGGAAGAAAGCUUUUGCAACGUGUGCCUCCCACCUCACCGUGGUCAUCGUCCACUAUGGCUGUGCCUCCAUCGCCUACCUCAAGCCCAAGUCAGAGAACACCAGGGAUCAGGACCAGCUGAUCUCUGUGACCUACACUGUUUUUACUCCACUCCUCAAUCCGGUGGUGUAUACUUUAAGGAAUAAAGAGGUCAAGGAUGCCCUUCGCCGGGCUAUUGGCAAAAAACCUCCUGCCUAG